AUGGCUGACUACGAUGAAGAAUUAAUGAAAAGAGAAAAGUUGUUUGGUUCAAGUGAAGAAGAAGAAAUGUCUGAUCUUGAUGGAGACCAAGCUUCUGACACCGAAGAGGUAUAUAAAUCUGAACAAGCAGAAGAAGCAGAUUACAAUGAACAAAGAAAGACUUCUGCAGAAGAAGAAAAUCAGCUAGAACAAGCCAAUACCUAUGAUGAAGUUAGCAACGAUAAAGAAACGGAGAAAGAAGAAAUAUCCAGACCUAUAAAACUUCCAUCUUUCAAAAAAAAACAAAAAGAUUUUGAUGAAGAGGAAAAUGCUCGCUUAGAGGAGGCACGUCGUGAAAUUCGCGAGUUAAAAAAUAAUUCAACUAGAACAAAUGAAGAAGAUGAAGAAGAUGAAGGGCCUAUUGACCCUCAACAAGCAUUAAGAGAUGAAAUCGAUAGACAAUUUGAAAUAGCUUUAAGAGGUGGUAAAAAGAAGAGAAAGAGACAGGAUGGCGAAAGUCUUGAAAAUAAUAUCGAUGAAGAGCUUACAAACUUAAGAGAACAUAUGAGACAAGCUGCAGAAGAGGAUGCCAUUGCAAAUGGAGAAAGACGACCUGCUAUUUCUAAAUUGAAGUUGUUAGGAGAAGUAAUUACUAUGUUAACAAACAAACAUUUGCAGGAUGCUGUUUUAGAUAAUGGAUUAUUAGAAACAAUUCGUUUAUGGCUUGAACCUUUGCCUGAUCGAUCAUUGCCCAGUUUAGAUAUCCAAAAUGGUAUGAUGGAUAUCUUGGACAAGUUACCAAUUUCAGGAGACCAUUUACGCGAAAGUGGAGUCGGGAAAAUUGUUUAUUUUUAUACAAAAUCUCCUAGAAUUGAGCCCGCUAUGAAGAGAAAGGCGGAUCAACUUGUAGGUAAAUGGAGUCGAUUGGUUAUUAAACGAAGUGAAAAUUAUAGAGAACGUCGUCCUAUUAUACAGGAAUAUAAACGAGAUGAAACAUAUUAUCAAAGAAAAAAAGUUAGACGUAAUUCUGAAGAAUUAGAAGAAGGACAUGAAAAUAGACGUUUCGUACGUGUUCCUCAAGCCGUUGCAGCAAACUAUGAUAUUGCGCCUCAAAGUACGGUUAGAAUAGAUAAGAGUAGAAGUAAUAAACCGGAUAAUACAUUCAGAAGAUUGAAUAAUACAAUGCGUUCUAUUAAGACAGGUCCCAAAAGAACAACACCCAAGGUUUCUAUUGAAGGAAAAGGAAUGCAAUUUUAA